AUGAGCGCCGGUGGCCGCAAUGCGCCGCUGUCUCCCAUCUCCGUAGGCGGAAGCGAAUGGUCUUUUUCCUCAAAGGUGCCCUCGACGGAAGAAGGCGGCCCUUACCCCAGCCAUCGUGGCAAUCUUGCCUCGCCACCCCCCUCGGGCGGCUUCAACGGGAACAUGAGCAUGAAUGGAUUCCCCUCGGCGCCCAGGAGCAACGGAGGGCCGUCGCCACCCCCCUCCAUCGGCCGCUCCAGCAAUGGCACAAACAUGUACUCGGCCCGCAGCGAAGGCAAUCGCAACAGCACUCGCACCGACAUUGACGAGUCCGUCCUCAACGAACACUACCUUGCCCUCAAGACCUUCCUCAACGCCCGUGACGCCAACAGCCGCCAGCAGCCCAACAAGGCCCGCGACAAGCUCCUGCGACUCUCGUCGGUCCAGUUCCACGAGCUCAGCACCGAUGUUUUCGACGAGCUGAUCCGCCGCCAGGCCACGGCACGGGCGCCCCAGAAUGCCCCCAACGGGCCCCCCAACUUUCUCCUCCCCGAAAAGACGUUCCAUCCCAAGCGUAACCAGGCGCGCCAGAGACUCUCCUCCCUGGGGCCUCCGCGCUUCCGGGAUCUUGCCGCCGACGUCUUUCAUGAGCUCGAGCGGAGGUUUCCUCACUUCGUCGACGGCGACGUUCCGAGGAUUGGUAGCGCCAUGUCGAUGCGCGGCGGCGGCCCAAUGAGUCGGAUGGGUACACCUGUUAAUGGCAACAUGUAUCCGCCCAGAGGCCAGAGCCGGAUGCGCCGGCCCUCCGACGCAAGCUCUGUCCGUGGCCCUCCCUCCGGCGACGCCUUUGGCAUACCGCCCUCUCCCGGCGUGGCCAACGGGGACUAUGGGCGCCCGAUGCAGAAGCAGUUGAACCAGAACAACACGAUUGUCCCCAACAAGAGCACUAUGCUGGAGGAGGAUGAUGACAACGGCGCCGACGAGGAUGGAGCCGACGUCUUUGGGCUGGAACGAGUCACCAACGAGAGCAGGCGCAACGGCGCGAGCGGCGAGACCUCGGAGGCGGACAAGAAACUCAUCCAAGAUUACCAGGCCCAAGUACGGGAGCUGCAGGAGAAGCUUGAUCAUGCGCAAGACACAAUGAAGAAGAGGCAAGAAGAGAUGAGCAGCGUACUGGACGGGGAGAGGUCGCGGGCAACGGCCGUGAACCUCGAGAAGCAAGAAUGGGCUGAUAUCCGCCUGAACCUGGAGAACAAGUUGGCCGAAGCCCAGAAUCUUAACAAGACGAUGAAACAGCAGCUGGACCGCUCAUCGUCACGAGGCGCCCGCUCGGCAAAUGCAAGCUCCGAGCUGCAACGUGACAACGACGAACUCCGCGAGUCUCUGAGGCAGCAGCGGCAAGUAACAGAGGAGGUCCGACGAGAGGCUCAGGAGUUUUUGCGCGAGAUGAGAGCGCUGUCGCAGCAAAGCGGCGCGACGUACGAGAAACAGGCCGAGAUGGAGAAGACGAUCGAGAACCUCGAGCGCGAGGUGCGCGAGUGGAGAAACCGGUACGCGCGCACAAAGACUCAGCUCAGGAACAUGCGUGCCUCGUCUCUCGGCCUGGCAAUGGAGCACGACGCGGCCAAAUAUGUUCGAGAUCAGGGAUUUCUGGACGGCAACGGGCUUGUCAAGGACGUGCACGUCGUCAAGUUUCAGACGGCCAUUGACGAGCUGCUCCACACAGCCCGCAAGGAGACGCCAGACAAGGCGAUUGACGCCAUGAAGUUGGUCGUGGUCAGCGUGCGCCGCAUUACGAGAGAUGUCGACGAGUCGGCGCCCAACGACGAGGAGCUGGUCCAACAACAGAGCAGGCUCAAGGCAAAGGUGUCGUCGACCGCCAACGGCCUCAUCACGGCCACCAAGAACUUUGCAGGCGGCGCUGGCAUCUCCCCCGUCUCCCUCGUCGACGCGGCGGCCUCGCAUCUCACGGCGGCCAUUGUCGACCUCCUCCGGGUUGUCAAGAUCCGAACCACACCCUCGGGCGAGCUGGAGGACGACGACGACGGCACCAUCACCCCCGUCGACUCGAACUUCUUCUCGCCUCGCAGCACGACGCAGACCUCUGCCCAGGGCAACCUCCCUCCCCCUCCCCCCUUCCAGGGCAUCGGGGGAAUCCGCGCGAGUGCCGAGUCUUCGGCGUACAGCCCCGUCAGCUCCCCCCGGGAGUCGGUUGAGCGGUAUCCAGAGGGUGGAGCAAACGCCUUGACGAAGGGGCUCGCUUACAUGGGACUCAACAAGGGCGUCUCGGCCGGCUACGGGAUGCAACAACGUGGCGGCCGAGCCGACGACUUCAAGCUGACGGUAGUUCAGAUCUACCUCGACGACCAGACUGCGCUUCUGGUGUCGGCUGUCCAGAGCCUGGUGAAUUGUGUUCGCGGCGACGCCGACAUUUGGCAAAUCACCGACGACGUUGAAUCGAUCAGCGCAACUGUGAGCAAGAUUGUCGCGGAAGCCAAUGCCAAUAACUGUGGCAACGAGGUUUUGCGGCUCGACAGCAGCCGAGAGAGACUCAUCGAUGCCAGCCAGCGCGGUCGAGACCUGGCGGACUCGGGCGUCGGCCAAGGCGACCGCGACUGGCGCAUGUGGGCGCAGAGCCUACCACCCAUUGCCUUCGAUAUUGCCCGCGAGACAAAGGAGCUCCCCUUGCGGGUAGGCAGCUUCUCAGCGAGCAACGGCGCCGACGAGUUCUCAUGA